AUGCAGAAUUUAACCCUCCUUUCACAGCUGAAUCCAGCAGAGCGAGGAGAUUCGGUCUUCUUCUCUUGCCAUGCCAUUAAUUCCUAUGGAGAGGGCCGGGGCCUCAUUCAACUUACUGUUCAAGAACCUCCAGAUCCCCCUGAACUUGAGGUCCGUGAGGUCAAAGACAGGAGCAUGAAUCUGCGCUGGAUCCAGAGGUUUGAUGGGAACAGCAUCAUUACCAGCUAUGACAUUGAAUACAAGAACAAAUCAGAUUCCUGGGAUCAUAUGUACACAACAAGAAACAUCUCACCUACCAAUAACCAGGCCAACAUUGUAGAGCUGCACCCAGCCUGUGUCUACAGUAUCCGCAUGUACUCUUACAACAAGAUCGGCCGCAGCCUUCCCAGCAAGGAGCUCACUAUUAGCACAGAGGAAGCACCACCUGAUGGGCCCCCAAUGGAAGUUAUCCUCCAACCCAUGACGUCUCAGAGCAUACGUGUUACAUGGAAGGCUCCGAAAAAGGAGUUGCAGAAUGGUGUGAUCCGUGGCUAUCAGAUUGGUUACAGAGAGAAUGGUCCCGGCAGCAAUGGCCAAUACAGUAUUGUGGAGAUGAAAGCCACAGGAGACAGUGAAGUGUACACACUGGACAAUCUAAAGAAGUUUGCCCAGUAUGGAGUGGUGGUCCAGGCCUUUAACCGAGCAGGCACCGGACCGUCCAGUACUGAGAUCAAUGCAACAACUCUGGAAGAUGUGCCCAGUGAGCCCCCUCAAAACGUGCGGGCCAUCUCUGUGACGUCGGAUGAGGCGGUGAUCACCUGGGCGGAGCCUCCACGGCUGACGCUGCACGGUGUGCUGAAAGGCUACCGCGUUGUGUUCUGGUCCCUCUUCCCUGACGGAGAGUGGGGAGAGAUGCAGAAUAUCACUACGACUCGGGAGCAGGUGGAGCUCAGAGGACUGGAGAAGUUCACCAACUACAGCGUCCAGGUUCUGGCCUACACACAGGCCGGAGAUGGGGUUCGCAGCAAUGUGCUCUACAUCCAAACCCGAGAAGACCUCCCUGGUCCACCAGCUGGCAUCAAGGCGGUCCCUGCCUCACCUAACAGUGUGGUUGUUUCCUGGUUACCGCCUCUCAAACCCAAUGGUGUUAUCCGCAAAUACACUAUCUACUGCUCUAGCCCUGGCUCAGGGCAGCCGGCACCCAGUGAGUACGAGGCCAAUCCUGAGAUGCUCUUCUACCGUAUCACGCACCUCUCCCGUGGUAAACAAUACCACAUCUGGGCUGCCGCCGUGACAACUGCCGGCCGCGGAAACAUCAGCUCAAAGGUCACCGUGGAGCCUGCUGGGAAAGUUCCAGCCAAAAUCCUGUCCUUUGGUGGCACAGUGACCACUCCCUGGAUGAAGGAAGUGCGUCUACCAUGUAGUUCAGUGGGAGAACCAUCCCCAACAAUAAAAUGGACCAAAGACAGUGAUAACUCUGCCAUCCCAGUGACAGCUGAUAGCCAGAGACAGAUUCUAUCAAACGGGACGUUGCUUUUACGUUCAGUCAAAGCAGAGGACUCUGGGUACUACACCUGCACAGCUACUAACACACUGGGCUUUGACACAAUAAUUGUUAAUCUAGUGGUUCAAGUUCCUCCUGACCAGCCUCGCUUGACUGUGUCAACUACCUCUACUUCCUCCAUCACUCUUACAUGGAUACCUGGGGACAACGGAGGAAGUUCAAUCAGAGGGUUUGUGCUGCAGUACUCAGUGGACAACACAGAGGAGUGGCGAGAUGUGUUCAUCAGCUCUAGUGAGAGGUCUUUCAGACUGGACAAUCUCCGUUGUGGAACCUGGUACAAGGUCAAGCUGGCAGCCAAAAACAGUGUAGGCUCAGGGCGCAUCAGUGAAAUCAUUGAAGCCAAGACUCAUGGGAGAGAACCUGUUUUCAACAAGGACCAGCCUCUGCUCACACAUAUCAACUCCACUCAUGCGGGGCUCAACCUGCAGGGCUGGACCAGUGGCGGAUGCCCCAUCACUGACCUCCUGCUGGACUUCAGGCCUAAAGGCACCUGGGCCUGGCAGAGUGUCAAAGCCAACUCCACAUCUCAGCUGUUCCUCAGCGAGUUGCGAGAGGCCACCUGGUACGAGCUGAAGAUGAAGGCUUGCAACAGCGCUGGCUGUGGCAACCAGACAUCACAAUUUGCCACCACUGACUACGAUGGGAGUACCAUCCCUCCCAUUAAAUCUGCUCGUGGAGAAGGAGACGAUGUGAAGAAACUCUUUUCCAUUGGCUCUCCAGUCAUCCUGGUCACUGUGGGUGUGGCUCUGCUUUUUAUUAUUCGGAAGAAGAGAAAGGAAAAGAGAUUAAAACGACUUAGAGAUGCUAAAAGUCUUGCGGAAAUGCUUAUCAGUAAAAACAAUCGCACCAUAGACACCCCUGUAAAGGGCCCUCCUCAGGGGCCUCGGCUCCACAUAGACAUCCCUCGGGUACAGCUUCUCAUUGAAGACAAAGAGGGCAUCAAACAGAUUGGAGAAGACAAAGCGGCUGUGCCAGUAACAGACACUGAGUUCAGUCAGUCGGUGAACCCACAGAACUUCUGCACUGGCGUCUCUCUGCACCACCAGGCCCUCAUACAAAACUCAGGACCACUUAUUGAUAUGUCUGACAUCCGCCCAGGAACAAACCCAGUGUCCAGGAAAAGUAUCAAGUCCGGCCACAGCUCCAGAAAUAGAUAUUCAAGUCAGUGGACUUUGAGUCGGCCAAGCCAGACCCAGUCCACAGCAUCAGCACGAACUUUGACCUCUGACUGGAGGACUAUGGGUUCACGUGGCAUCACUGCCACAGAGAGUGACAGCUACAGUGCCAGUCUUUCUCAAGACACAGAUAAAGGCCGUAACAGUAUGGUUUCAACAGAGAGUGCCUCUUCCACGUAUGAGGAGCUGGCCAGAGCAUAUGAACAUGCUAAGCUGGAGGAGCACCUGCAGCAUGCUAAGUUCACCAUCACAGAGUGCUUCAUAUCUGAUAGUUCAUCUGAUCAAAUGACCACCGGCACCAAUGACCCAGCAGACAGUAUGACUUCUCUGAGCACUCCUUCAGAGCCAGGCAUCUGCCGCUUCACUGCCUCGCCUCCCAAACCACAGGACUAUGACCGUGGCAAGAAUGUGGCUGUGCCUAUCCCACACCGCGCCAAAAGUGAAUUUUGCAAUCUUCCCCUCUACAUGAAAACAGACCCGUUCUUCCGUAAACAAGGGGAGCUGCACGACCCGUGUCCUGCUGUGCCUCCACGGGAGGCUUCCAUCCGCAGCCUCACACAAAGAGGCUAUCACACCCAGGGACGCCACAAGACGCUAGACUCCAAACAACUGGGCCACUCGGGGCCCAGCAGCCUGGGCUCUAGCUCAGGCACCUCCACCCUGCCCCAAAGGACUCUGACUAUGCCCAGCUCCAACACAGCGGCCACAGCCUCCACUUCCAGCACCAGCAGUAACCCCAACAACAGCUCCAAGGGUGGCUCCAGAGACUCUCUUUUGGAGAGCAGCUCAUCUGCGCUGGGCAGGUUGCAGAAACAGAGUGCAGGCGCCUACUCCAAAUCAUACACACUAGUGUAG